AUGCAGGAGGACAAGAAGAUGAAGGUGAAGAAAGGAUGGCUAGCAGUUCAAGUGGGAUUAGAAGAUGAAGACGGCGAGUUUCAACGUUUUGUGAUUCCCAUAUCCUAUCUCUACCAUCCUUUAUUCCAGAGACUUUUGGAGAAAGCACAUGAGAUUUAUGGGUAUCACACCACCGGCCCUCUUAGGCUACCGUGCUCGGCCGACGAUUUCCUUCAUCUCCGGUGGCGGAUCGAGAAGGAGCCUAAUCAUCAUCACCAUAAUAAUCACCACGGCAGCAGUCAUUCUCAUCUUCCCGGUGCUUUGUCCUUCCACUCUUGUUGA